UUCAUUUCCGAUACUUCUAAAUCGAACAAUUAUCAUUCAUUAUUCGGAUAGAUUAGAAUCCCUUACUAUAAUCCCUUCAUUCUCAUUAAUAAACACGCUAUCGAGGACGUGAAUUAUGAGUUUGACUUUAAAUCGAUACGAGGCGGGAAAAUGAACCAAUGUAACUCGUACGCCGACGAAUCUGGAUACUGCCCGGAAGAAGGAGGAGGCGGCGACGCGGAUAUAUCGAAUAUUCACCCAUUUUUGCUCACUUCUAUACAGAUAUUAUGGCACCUGGACACCUUCAGAAGAAAUUUCAGGGAGAUUGACACUCACAUUUGCGCGGGCGAUCUUGAUGACGUUUGCAUGUUUUGCUCAAUGAAAUACGUUUUCAAUCGUUUCCAAAAGAGCGAAUCGUUGGACUCCCUGGCGUUAUCGCUAUCUUUCAAAAACCUGAAUUUCAGCUGUCCCGAAUUUUAUCAGGCCUAUGGCAAGGAACACAAUUCCUACAUCCUACUCAACGCGCUCCUUUGCUUAGAGCACAUUACUAAAAAGUUACACGGCCAUUUACUCGGACACGACGAAUGUACCGCCACUACUUGCCAAAAAGGAGCCGCCGAUUGCUUCAUCAAUAACCGCAUGCUAAUAAAACUUCAAUACGACCCAACUAAACAUUUGCAAGUUUGUAACGAAAAUGACGAUUUAAGCCGGACCAAAUUUUUAUGCAACGCUACGUCUUCUUUGACCAUCACGGUUUCCGAAUAUUUGACUAAAACCGGCGAAUUGGCCAAGAAAAUCAAUAGGAUGAACUUCAACGCCAAGCGGGUCCCUAUGGAAGAUUACCUGGACCAUAUUAACAAAUGUAACGGAAAAAUUGUGUCGGAAUGCCAUUCAAUGUCGAAAGUUAUCGGGACCUCGGGUGUUGGCUGGGAUUCGGAAUGUAAAAUCAAACAUAUGGAACUCUUGAACUCUCCCGAUGUUCUGUUUAUAGGUUUGCAAUGGGGAAAUUCUUACUCAUUAUCUCAACUACACCAAAUUAUAUACGCUAUUGGAAGUAGCAUCAAAAUAAACCAAUUAUUCAACAAGAUUCAAGACAGCAGGAUUAAAAAGGCAACCUUUGAUCUUAGAGGAUUAGUCACGUUUCGAUAUGAAAUCUAUAGGUAUAUAACGUAUUUUUACCACUCUAACCUAAAAAUCUGGAUAUCUUUCGACGAUCUAACUAUACAAGAGAUAGGUGAAGAAUGGUCCGACGUCAUAAAAAGUUGCUUGGACAAUAAUAGUUACCCUUUGAUUUUGAUCUACGCCAACCCUGUCAAUACGAAAUCCGUCAAUGUCGGCGAUGACACGCUUCAUCAAAAUAAAUCGAUCAAAAGCGGUCGUCUAAACAUAAGUAAAACCUUAUUCAAAUCGAUGCAAUCAUUGAACAUAUCUCACAAUCAGAAAAUCCCUAAAAUCUGUUCGCCCGACAGCUCAUUUGGGUGUAUACCAAGCAAUUUUAACAGAUCCAUAGAAUCCCCCGAGGUGAUACUGGCUCAAGACCUGGUGCCCAAUAGUAAUCAUCUACACAUGCGCAGUCAUAAUAAAAGUCUCAAUGACCUAACAGUCGUCACUCAAUUAGCCGAUUUACAGUUAACCUCUCUACGUAGAAAUUUCGAUGGCACAUUAAACGAGACGAAUGACGUUAAAAAACCCUCACUCAACAUUUCCAAGAAGAGUCUCGGAAAAAUGCUAACGAAACACAAGUUUAAAAAGAAUUGUAUUCCUCGUAUGAACAGUGAUAGCAAAAAUUAUUCACCGGAUCAUGGUACUAAAAAUAAAUCGUUCACUGAUUUAAGAUCUAUAAUAAAAUACGGCAGUAAGGGGCUAACAUUAGAAGGUUCCAAGCAAGACAUUGGGAUUGCGUGUAUACCCAAAGCCGAUUCUUUUAUGAGCCAAGGAUAUUCGCAUAUCGGCAAUGUUAAACAAUGUGGGUCUGUGAACAAUGGCAAUGAGCAUUAUGAAACUCUUCAAGAUAUGGUUCAUUUAGGCAGCAUCGGUAUCAAGAAAUCAGUAACGUUCGCCACUGUACUAAGUUCGCUUCCUAUCGACUCUUUCACCUCCCAGCCCCUUUUGAACCUAGCUCCUGAAUACUGUAAAACGAUUGAUAGUAACGGCUCCAGAAUAAUGAACAACGAAUAUCUGACUCAGCAGGAAUUGAGAGCUCCGCUAAAAUUAUGCUUCAAUACCUUUAAACACGGAGAAUCAAAUUAUUCCACCAUACCCUGCCCUAAUCACGCUGCUUCGAAUGCUCCAAACUACCUGAACACGGCGGAAGGCAAUCAUAAUUCUUCCCCUAUUUAUCGCGAUAAUUGUUAUCCUCCACCAACACCUUACUACAAUGAUUCUAAUUUGACGAGAGGUCUUCGAGCGAGAUCGUUUUCAGAUUUCAAUUCCUAUGCCAAAGAAAGCCAAAAUCAAUACUUUGAAUCCCUUAAGAGAACGAACAAAAAUGUAGAAGAACGUGGCUGUUAUAUUCCUCGAUUGGGGGAAUUCGACUACGUGCGAUGUCUAGAAAAUAGGAAUUUGAAAAUGUCCUGUCAUUAUAAUUCUUGUGACGACAGUUUGAAUAUUUCGAAUAUGAUUGUCAAACAGAACGAUAAUAAUUUUGAUGCACAAUGCCGGAAAGAGUCCGAAAAUAAAGGUGUCGAUAUCGCUGAAGCGGAUCAUAGUAGGAUUAGCUUAGAUGAUCUAAUGAUCUUUGAGAAUGAUGAAUAUACAUCAACGGAUCAAAUUAGUGCUUGCCAUCAAUUCGAAUCUAUUCCUGGAAGCAAAAUGAGUAUCGAAUCAGGCAAAGCGGAUGAUAGCGGCGGCAGCGCUAGCCGAAACGGCGAAAAUACGACCACCAAACUGACCCAAAAUGAACAAUUCACGGAGAAGAGAGAUUCCGGAUAUCUAACGAACGGAGAUCAAAGCAGCACAAUAUCGUCCAAUUCCUCGAAGCGUUCCGGCCCAGCCCCGUCAUCUUACCUUUUCCUGAAAAAUUACGUUCACUAUCCGCAAAAUACCAGGAAGGGAUCCAGUUUCCGGUGCUCUCCCGCUUCUUCCCAGGACGACGAUAGAAUGAACGACGGCGCUUCCGCUAAGACAAAUAACGACGGCGACGAUAAUAAUCGCAGCAUCCUACACGACCAUGUAUCGUAUAGUAAUAUUAAUGAUGAUAAAUAUAUCAACGAACUCGAUAAAACGGACUGCACCAGUAUCGCGAGCGGAAAAACGCGUUCGGAUUUCGAACUCGAAAAUAAAAAUAGCAAGGAUUCGCAGAGGACUUCCUCUGUAUUUUCUUCGUCGGAAGAUUCCGCCUUUCCGAAUGUCAAUCAAAGCUUAGACGCCAUAGUUUGCGAGGUCGUCGACGGGGAUACGACAUUAGUGGGUCUCGAAUGUAACAAUUCUGAUAACGGUAACGUCGGACAUUCUUCCUUCAGCGAUUAUAGCGAUUCUUCUCGAAGCAGAAACGAUUCCUUCUAUAAAGAUAAGUCUUACGGUACCCUGGAAUCUAACAAUGGCUCGCUCGUCGAUAAGAGCGAAAAUUCGUCGAGGUCGAAUCCCACCUCCAGAAAAUCUGCGGCGAUCCAACACCACAAGCGCGGGAAUUAUGACGGAUACAAAGAUGCCCUGAUCAGCAAAGUGGACACGGAUCUAUCCGCGAACCUUUUAAACAACAUUAGUCAUAGAUAUUAUCAUUCGGCUCCGUUGUUGUUAGGGGGCGCAAGCGUUGGUUCGCACGCGGAUUCGCUUAUGAUGGAAACGGAAAAUAUAAGUGACACUUUCAGAUGUAAAUCCCUGUGCCAGGAAGCGGAAGCACUUCUGGAACAAUCGGAAAUGGCGAUAAAGAUCAACGACAUAUCCGCGGCUAUAUUUUUUUGCGCCAAUUCGGCUAGUAGAGCUAGACAAGCGAUGGAUUUACAUCAGGCGGAACCCGACUGCAUAACGCAAGCCCGAGUCCUUUACAACAAAUGCGUGAUGAACAGCCGCGAAUUUCAGCAAAAAUUGAUAGAAAACUCUUCUUUAUUCACCGUAAAUUCGGAUGCGCGCUCGCCUAACGUGGCCGCGUCUUGCCCCGAACCACGUGACACGGAAUUUAGGUAUGCCAGAAAGAACGAAGAGAGUGCCGCAAAUUCAUUAGACCCCGAUUCAUUUCCCAAACAAAAUUUGACCAAAACGUUUGCCAGUUUCGUUGAGAUUUCGAAGCCUAAGAACAUCUCCAGGAAAAUCGAAAAAUUUGAACAAACCUCCUCCAACACCGAUAAUUUAAAAUUAUAUGGAACUUUACCUCGAGUUUCGUUGAAGAAUAGAAAUGUAACUUCUCAUGAUAAUUCUCCAAGUAACGAUCAUCUUAAAUCAAAUGAGAGUGUCCUCGAUUCAAACAAAUCCUUCAAUAAGAAGAGAAACUCUUUGACUCUCAACAUCAACGUCACAGCGUGUCCGCCCAUCAAAAAUGACAUUUCAAUCGAAGAAGAAGAAAAAGAAGUGAAACAAUCAUUGAUGCAUGUUAGGAUGAGUGAGAAUAACGAGACGUCGAAUGACAAAUAUAACGUCAAUAAGGGUUGCUACCAUGUUGAUUACAGAGACGCCUAUGACUACAAAAAUCUAGGAAACCACAUAAAUGUAUCUCAGGUCAGUAAUUCUCCAUUUUUGAAAAAAGACAGAAAGAUCAUGUUUGCAGAUAAAGAUAAUAAUGCGACGGUAGUAGUGACCACUUCGCAUUCGAUAAACUUUUCGACAAUCGUGACUGAAGAUUUAGUGGGAAACAACGUAAAUAAACUCUCCUCCAAAGGUAGUCAUAAAAGAUACAGCGAAGGUUCUAAAAGUGCUAACACACACGGGCGUUCCAACAUUUCUUCUCCGUCAGGUAUUCCUAAUUUAUUCAAGAACAGAACCGAGAUUACUUAUACGGAAGAUCUAAAGAAUCGCCAAUACACGUCGAAGCCAAUUUACAGAGAAGACAAAAACAAUAUCGCAUCACAAAACCAUUCUAACUGCAAUUAUUACGAAGAGCCUAAUAAACCCAUCUCGAACUAUUCGCAAUCGAUCCCUACAUCAUCUAAAACGACAAAUUAUUUGACUUACACCUUAGCGUCUCCCAUUACCUCGUCACUAUCCCCUCAGAUUAUUAAGUAUAACGAAUCAAAGUGUCAGGACUUUAGAUCGGAACCCAAAACCCUUUCUAAAAUUCCAUGCUUAUCGCGCGAAAAUUUAUUGGACCUAAAAACCAAGGAUCACUUCGACACGAAUCGCUUAUCGUCUAGGCAGUCCUUUUUACCUCAAACUUGCCGAAAAUCGGACUAUUUUUAUCAACCGACAAUCGAAUCCAAAAAGGAGUAUAGGAAUGCUUCACCUGCUUCAUUUAGUGAAAAUAUGGCAAUCAGCGAUUAUUCGAAUCCUAACGGAACCCUCAAGGGCAUUAAAUACAUGGACUACAUCGAUAGCGAGGAAACCGCGACUUCGCGUCGACCUCGUACCUCUUACAAUGUCGACAAUACCAAAUUCAAUAGUUAUUCCAAGUCUCAGCUCGUGCUUGAACUGAAUCCCAACAAUAAUUCACUGUGUUCCCCAUCCCCCAAAUCCCCUUCCUACAAAAAAUAUCACUUUUUAGAAGAAUUAUCCAGAGAUAUCGAAACCGGUAUAGGAGUAAUGCAAGCAUCACUCAGUAAUGCCAGCAAAUCAGAGGCUAACGUUCGAAUCAAUACAAGUUUCUAUGGUAAUACUAAAUCCAACAAGGAUGCCUUAAGAAACAAAAACCCUAAUAUCACCGGAUACGCGAAUGAAUUGUCUCCCAGGAAAAAGAAACAACUCUCGCAAACAAAAACUAGCUACAUAUCGUAUUCGCCCGUCAAUUUCGAUAAAAUGCCCAUCAACGAGUCGAAAAAAUGCAACCAAUCCAGGGAUCAUUAUUCUCCAUCAAAACACGAAACCCAUCUGCAACACAUCACCACUAGUUAUUACACGGAUAAAACUCAAUCACCCAAUAAAUUUAACCCCUCGCAUAUUCGGGAAGAAAAUGAGGUACCAAAACACGCUCCUAUUCCAGACCCGGCUAAAUAUAAAUCUUAUCACAGUAUAAAUGACAAUCAAAAUUACGCGGUGUCAAUCUCACCCAGCAGGUUGUGCGGUCAUUCUCGCUCUUCUCACGCUCAAAAUUUGUCGGGCGUCACGCUUUACAGCAAUUAUAACUCCUACAAUGAUCCGCCUCCAUCUAAACCAAAGUGCGUUAACUCUUACGGGCGUAGAACGCCUAAUAAUAAUAAUAAUGUCAAAUCUUCCCCCAAUUAUUUCCUUCCUUCCCCUCCCAACCGAAAUAUCUCUAAAUCUAUUUCGUCGCUGAUACCGAACACCUUAUUAGGGUCCUCCAGUUCUACUCCGACCACUCAUACCAAGGGAAACUUACAAAGCAACAUACCGACCAUAAAAGAAAUUCCGAAUCCCUCGUCUCCCGCCAAAUAUAACUACGUACCCAACACGCAAAGACCAGUCGCGAGCGUAGACUCCCAAACAACGACCAAAUUGGGUGUUCGAAGAUCUGAGGGCGUCUCAAGGCUGACCGAUAAAAAUUCUUCUCACGCAACCUCUCACGAUUAUAAUAAUAAAUUCAAGGUCAGCAACGAUUCUUCCAACGAGCGAUUGAACGGUUGCAAAAAUUCUACCAUAUCCUACAACAAAAGUUUUAGCGGGGUAAUCAAUGGUCAACUAAGCAGCUAUAACCCAUCUAGUAGGACCGACUCUCACCAACAACCCGCUCAAAGGAGAACAGAGCAUUCUCGUCAAUCCGUGACCGCUUGUCAUUUGUGCCGGAAACUGUUCAAUACUAACAAUAAUCCCGACCAUAUUCACUCCAAUUUCUGCAAAGAAUGCCAAUGCCAGAAUUAUUCCUCUACUACUAAGUUUAGAAAAAGGGGACACGAUUAUGGAAAUUAAUUGAAAUUUAUAUUAUUAUUUUUUUUUAUAAACAAUUAGAGAAAUUAUUUAUAUUCGUAAUUGAUUUUUUUUUUUGAAAAUAAUGUAGAAAAUAAAUCAAAAAAUAUAUUUUAUAAUUAUAUAGUUAUUAUUAAGA